AUGAGCACUUUUCCACCCGAUUUGUGUAGGUCUCCGCCGGCGCGGUAUUCGGAAUACGGCGUGCAGGCUGCCAUCAUGGGUUUUGGUAGACCUUUCAGAGGUAGAGGAGGAUUUCGUGGUGGUCGGGGUGGAGGCCGAUUCGAUAAUACUAAUCAAGGUCCACCUGAAGAGGUUGUGGAGGCCGGAACGUUCUUACAUCCCUGCCAGGAGGAUGUAGUUUGCCGGCUUACCAGCGAAAAGGUUCCCUAUUUUAAUGCCCCUGUGUACCUCCAAAACAAGGAGGAAGUGGGAAAAAUCGACGAGAUAUUCGGUCCUAUCAAAGACGCUUUCUAUAUCGAUCCCUAUAAGUUCCUUCCUUUGGAGCGGGUAUUGAAUCCGAAUUCGGGGCGAGGUCGUGGUGGGCGUGGGCAGGGUGGUCGUGGAGAUUCUCGCGGUGGAGGUGGAGGACAACGUGGAGGUGGACGUGGGAGUUUCCGUGGAGGCGCACGUGGGGGUGGAGAUCGCGGCCGUGGUGGCUUUGGUGAUUUCCGCGGAGGACGUGGUGGUCGAGGUGACUCCCGUGGUGGAAGAGGUGGCGACUUCCGUGGUGGAAGGGGUGGUGAUUUCCGUGGUGGAAGGGGUGGCGACUUCCGUGGUGGCCGCGGAGCUCAAGGUCGUGGUGGGCGUGGGCAGGGUGGUCGUGGAGAUUCUCGCGGUGGAGGUGGAGGACAACGUGGAGGUGGACGUGGGAGUUUCCGUGGAGGCGCACGUGGGGGUGGAGAUCGCGGCCGUGGUGGCUUUGGUGAUUUCCGCGGAGGACGUGGUGGUCGAGGUGACUCCCGUGGUGGAAGAGGUGGCGACUUCCGUGGUGGAAGGGGUGGUGAUUUCCGUGGUGGAAGGGGUGGCGACUUCCGUGGUGGCCGCGGAGCUCAAGGUGACUUUCGUGGCGGGAGAGACUCAUUUGGAGGAAAAAGAGAGUCCACUGAUAUGUCCUCUUCACAGACCAGCAAAAAGAUGCGAUUCGACGAAUAA